AUGGAUUACAACCUUCCAGAGGGAGGGAUAGAGGCCUUCCACUCGCUGUACGAAAGACUAUCGUCGUACUUAGUAGAAAAAGAGGCCUACGAUCGGGUCGCGACCUUAGAGGUCGUCCACAAAGAGCUCUCUGACCAGGAACAAGAUGCUGAGGUCGAUAUUCAGCUCGCUCCAGCAGCGCUGGAUGAUACACCUCCUAAAGUCAGAGAUCCUAUCGAGAAAGUUAAUCUCGGGACAGCAGAUGAGCCUAUGAAAGUGGCCAUCAGCGCUUACUUAGAGCCUAUGGUGAAGUCUCAGAAGAAGGGUGACCACAUCACCGAUCUCAGAAAGAGGGGCAUCGAAGUCCCUGAAGAAAAAGCGAGCGAGGUCAUCAAUGCCACCGCCCCACGAACAAAGAAGGAGUUGCAGCGCUUGCUGGGUAAAAUCCAGCCCUUCUCCCCAUUGUUGAAACUACAGGGUCAGGCUGAGUUCGUGUGGGAGCCUAAACAUCAAGAGGCUUUCGACAGAAUCAAGACCUACCUCGCGAGUCCGCCUGUGCUUGUUCCUCCGAGGGCUGGAUUUCCAUUGAAGUUAUAUAUAUCAGCAGCUGAAGCUUCCAUUGGCAGCUUGCUCGCCCAGGAUGAUGAAGAGGGCAUCGAGCAUGCUAUUUUCUACCUCAGCAGAACACUUACAGACUGCGAAACCAAGUAUACUCCAAUGGAAAAGCAAUGCCUUACAUUGUACUUCUCCGCAUGCAAGCUGCGGCACUACAUGUUAUCUUUUACUACUUGCAUCAUCGCUCAGACCGACUUGGUCAAGUACAUGCUAUCGCGACCUAUCCUUAGAGGCCGCAUUGGCAAAUGGGUAUUGGCCUUGUCCGAGUUCUCGCUACAAUACGUUCCUCAGAAAGCAGUAAAAGGACAGGCCAUCGCAGACUUUCUGGCACAUCACCCUACUUUGGAUAUCCCAACGGUGAGAGAGUUAGAGAUAGCGCCCAUAACUAUCACCCGACCAGAUUUGGCGCGCAUUCCAGAGUACGCCAUAUGGUAUCAAGCCACAGUCUCCUUACAGCCAUGGGUAUUGUUUUUUGAUGGUUCAAGAAUUGAAACAUUAGCAGGGGCAAGGAUUGUCCUGGAAAACCUAGCGGGCGAUCGUUUCUCUUAUUCUUUCCAACUGGGGUUUAAGUGUACAAACAACCAAGCUGAGUACGAGGCCCUUAUUAUUGGCCUAGAAGUCUUACUGGAACUAGGGAUCCGAGAUGUUCAGUUUGACGACGUUGGUUUGGAAUACAUCCCUCGCGAGCGCAACUUCGUGGCCAAUGAGCUCGCUCAGUUGGCUACAGGCAUUACAUUGAAAUAUGGAGUUCGCGAACGCAUUCUGAAAGUCGAGCGCCGCAUGCUACCUUCAUGGCUCGUACGGCCUGACCCUCCAGAUGAUCCAGUAGUCGCUGUCCUCGAGCCUAUUGACGUUGAUUGGCACAUUCCAUUGAUCCAAUACCUCAAGCAGCCAGACCAAACAGCUGACAAGAGGACUCGUUUUCUUGCCUUAAAUUACUUCCUCAAGGACGAUGAGCUGCGUCGGCGCGGGGAGGAUGGCAUAGAUUUUCGCUGCGUGUAUGGCCAUGAAGCAAAAUGA